CAGAGCCCACGACUAUCGUCCUUAUACUUCUUUUUGCGCCUCGUCUUGCGCUAUGGAUUGUGACAACAUCCACAGAUAAAAGCAGAGCUCAGCUGCCCAGGCUGUCAGGUCUCGGGGCCCUUCCUUUCAGAGCGCAUUGUGAUGUCGUUGUUCCAGGCUACGGUCUGGGAUUUGGGAUGUGCUUCUCUCCUGAUCAGCCCUCGAUCCCUACAUGGAAUGGCUCAGACGUCCGACCUAGGAUUGACGGCGGCAACGAUACUUCUGUCGAGCCAGCAAAUUUGAUUUCCCAGGUUGGAAAUCUCAAAUCACCACCUACAAGACUUCGAAUGGAGUCGGAUCCAGAGAGGCAAAGACUUGAACAGACCAGGGUGCACAGGACAGAGGAGAUUCGAAUUGACCGUGUCUCGAGCUAAUAGAAAGCGCGAAAAGUGGGAAGGGGAGAGCAGCGAGGUGGAAUGUCGACUUCGCCUGGCCACCAGAUCAGAUCGCCAAGUACUCAAGCCAAUCUUCCUCGCGAGUCUUUUCUUUAAGACGUCUAGAGAUUUGGGAUGCAGUGUUGGUUUGACGGCCGAACUCACCUAGUUACAUACUUCGCCUAAUACUACACUUUCUCGGAUUUCCCGCGUUCUGAAUCACAUCAAUCAUGGCACAAUGUCGGAUACCAUCCGCAACGAGCCUAGCGAUCGAGCUACCGUCAGAUCUCCAGAUCUCGAGGCUACCGAGACUUGAGAAUUCCCGCGUCGUGUUCAUCGAUGACGGCGUCGACGACACCACCGAAUGGUUCGGCCAUGGCCGGAAAACCUUGUACGAAGAGUGCUACCGAAAUCGAAAAGUAGCUUAUCUCGCCACGGACGACAACGAUGCAGAUUACCUUGGUCAUCAAGAUCUCGAUCUACACGUUCUUCGAACCACUCGCUAUCCUGAUCCGCAUCUACACUGCCGUGGAAGACCCAAAAGUUCCUGCAACAGAAAUUGAACAAUUCGAAAGAUACCCUGACGAUCUCUGGUGCUCAGGGACGUGUCUUCUUGGCCCAGGGAUGUUCAAGGGAAUGCGGGUGGCCUGACUCCAGCUGUGGCGGGUAAGGACAAGAGCACCUAGAGGCAUUGAGAUCAGAGUUCCCCAGACCUGAAAAAUCCUGAAGCAC